AUGGCCAAAGGAAGCGGCCGACUAGGCAUGGAUUUCAAGAGCGCAUCGCAAAGCUGCUUCCGAGAAGGGUUCACCUACAAGUUCUGCUGCGAUCGCGCUAAGCCCAGAGGGGAGCCCAGCUGUUGGGAUCAAGACUUCACGUUCGAAGACUGCUGCCAGUUGCCUCUGGUGGGCCCUGCCGGCGCCGUCUUUGAGGAUGUGAACUGCGAGCGCGCCGGUUACAGCGCCACGAGUUCAGGCCGUACGACCGGCACAUGGCCCUGGCUGCGGGCGGAACUCCAAAGGCUCUCGGAAGCGUUCGCGCUGGGCCAGUUCCCUCAGGACGCCGCGCGCCGCUGGCUGCGGCGCCUGCAUGGGCCUAGUGGGGUGGCUGCGACGCGCGUGGGCGGAUGCAGCAUGGGGCAGUUGACGUUGGCAGUGGCUCGCGUCCUGCUUUGUCUCCUCGCGGGUGACCGUGACUGUCAGAAGCAUUGGGACCAAGCAGCACAGGCCUUCCGACUGGAUCGCUUGGACCUGGUGCUUUGGUCCGCUUCGGCUUGGCCGGUCACCGACCUGCUGCGCCCCUUGACCAGGAUGGUAGCACAUGAAGAGAUGGAUGCAGCUUGCCUCGAGGCGGAUCCGAUGAUGGAUUGGCCCUUGGCCUUCCGCGCCGCGCGGAACCUGCCGGACGACGAGCUGCAACACCAGGUGUGGAGGAUGAUCUCCGCAGACGAGGUGUCCAUCCAGGCUUUGCUGUCCAGCAGAUGCCGCGCCGGUGCCCAGUGGGCCACGCUCGUCAAGCUGGGCUUCUGCAUGGAUAUGGCACCCAAUUGCGUCAAAUCGCAUGUCUUUGCGCUGGAGUUCAUCAUGCGCGAGGCGGCCACCGGCGGCGGGCUGCGCCGCUGGAUGGCCGAGGCCGGCGCCUGGCGCUUGUUUGAAGUCCACUAUGGCACGGUGAAGACCCGUGUGAGGCAUCGCUACAACCUGGGACUGGCGCCAGCGGACCUGAGGGCCUUAGGCGUGCUGGGCGAUGGCGCGGUGCGCGGUUGCCUGCUUCCCAGCUUCCCGAGCUCCACCUCGGAGCAGGUGGCGUAUUACCUCAUGGACCCGGAGCCCAACCUGGUGAACGUGGCCUUGAACCGCUGCCGGGCGCUCUGCGGACAGGCCUUCGCCAGGCCUUGGAAGUUCUAUGGCAUCUUGCCCGAGCGGAACGAAGGAGCCUUUCGAGGAAUCCCUUGCGCCUGCAGCGGACUUGACCAUCGAGCAGAGGGGAACUGCACGCCACCCGAAGUGCCGCUCUUCUCCAUGCCGCGCGAAGUCCGUUCCGCUGAGGACGGCCCACAGGCUCUUUUGGGCUCGCACCUCGUCCCGCUCCUGGAUCCCAAGGCGCCGGUCUUUGUGACCAUGGUCUUCGGGAAGAUGUCCAAGUACAUCAAACCCUUCUCCGAGCGGGUCAGGAGCUUGGAGAUCCCGAACGUGGUGGUGUUCGCGUUGGAUGAAUCCACGGAAGACGCUUGCCGGAGAAAUGGAGUGCUCUUCAUGUCCGGCCGCGAACGGACGGCGCUGCAGAAGUACGUCAUCGUGCUGGUCUUCGUGGCGUUGGGCUUCGACAGCUUCUGGUUCGAUUUCGACUCCGUGUGGCUGAAGAACCCUUGGCCGGUCUUGCAGCAAGCACUGGCUGCAGAGGAGGCGGAUGCCGCACGUGAGGGAAGGUCGGAGGCCUUGCUCUUCUCCGCCAUCGACUACGAUUCCACGAACUGCGCCAUGAACGGCUUCUUCUUCGUCCGCGCGUUUCCGGAUGCCUUGUCAUGGUUGAUUGCCUUGCUUGAUUGGAUCCACAAGCGGCCCUUCGUCCACGACCAGCUGGCCUUCGGGCUCUUUCUGGGUACCACACCUUUGGUGGAUGAGGAGCCCAUCCCUAUGGCACCCGCCUGGGCGCCGUUGGACCCCAAAGUCUUCGCCAACGCGGCCCGCUUCGACGGCACUGGCUUCACUUCCGAGGUCGAUGACUUGGUGCUCUUCCACUUCUUCGAUGGUUGGAACUCCAACUCUCCGGAGGGAGUGGAGCAAUGGGCCACGGCGACCUACCGAGGUCUGGACCUUUUUCCACUGCUCUAUGGCGACCCCCAAGUCGCUCGGGACACGAUUGCCAGGUCGAGGCUCCCGGAGGUCCAAGAGCUCCGCAGCUGCUCUGCGCUGGCAGAGUUCGGCUUGGGCACCAAGGUCAUCAGCAGCCGCAUUCAGGUGACGAUCUAA